UUUUCACUUUCCCUGGAAAACCAUUUACAUCAAGAAAUCUCAAGUAAUCGCUUUGGUUUUUUCUUGAUUUCUUCCAGAGUCCAGACUGAUAUUAGGUUUCCAGCAUGGAAGAACCAAGAAAUUCGCCAUUUCGUAGUAGUAAUGAUAGGAUUAGCAAUUUACCAGAAAACCUAAUUCACCACAUCAUGUCUUUCAUGGACAUGACAUAUGUAGUUCAAACUUGUGUCCUGUCAAAGAGAUGGAAACAUCUUUGGAUUAUUACCCCAAUUCUCAACUUUGAUUUCAACGAAUUCUCACUUGCUAUCAAAAACAACCAGAGCAAUGGAACAUUAUAUCAAAAAUUCAUCAAAUUUGUAGACCAAGUGUUCAUUCUUCGUGACAGCUCAAACAUUCAGAGGGUUAAUCUUGUUUGUGGCAAACAAUGGAACUUUGAUGUAUCAGUAAUGACUGGUUCUCUUACUACUUGGAUCCUUUUGGAUUGGCUCUAUUGUUUCUGCCAAAGUUCCCUUCAGUUUUCUAAUCUACGAUUCAUCAAGCUGGAAGCAUUCUUAUCAAGAGCCGGCAUUCGAGCUCUAGGAUGGUUAUUCUAUAUGUCUCCUAAUGUAGAAAGUCUUUUGGUGGUAAUUACAGGGAUGCCAACGUCGGACAUACCCGACAGUGAAGACUAUUGGGCUGGAGUGUCGCCUGAUCAUCUUAGGUCUGUUGAAAUUCGAGGUCUUACAGGACACUUUAAUAAUGAGCUGAAAUUUGUGGAGAUUUUGUUCAAGAAGGCUGUAAUCUUGGAGAACAUGCAAAUCCACGCCACCAUCGUCAAAACUUCAAGUCCCCAUGAUUACUCAUUUCAGCUCAGCAAGAGCUCUCUGCUCUUCCUUGCAACCGUGGUUGUUUCUUAUACGCUCAUAAGCUAUUUUCGCAAAUUCAAAACCCAAAUUUGUUUCUCUACCACACCACCUGGGUUCGAUUCAAAUCAGUUUGUUUUAACUACCCUUUUGAAUAUGUACUCGUUAUGUGGAAGAAAUUCAAGAGCUUUCACACAGGUAUUUGAUGAAAUGCCUGUGAAGGGUGUUGUUUCUUGGAAUAUCAUGAUUUCUGGACAUCUAAGGCAUGGGGAGCUUGAGUUGGCGAGGAGGUAUUUUGAUAUGGCGCCGGAUAAGAGUUUAGUCUCAUGGAAUUCGAUGGUUGCUGGUUAUGCUAACUCGGGGAAUAUGAUGGAAGCGGAGAGGUUGUUUAUGGAAAUGCCGACAGCUUCUUGGAAUUCUUUGAUCAGUGGGUACGUUAAGGUAAGGGAUGCGUUAUCUGCUGAAAGAGUAUUUGAGAGGAUGACUGGUUUCUUGGACGCUCGUGAUAAGAGCUGUCAACGUGCAUUCACUUGCUAUCAACAACAACCAGUACUUCGGAUUACCAUCUCACUAUUUCAUCAAAUUUGUGGAGCAAGUUUUAUUCUCUGUGACAACUCAAACAUUCAAAAGGUUAAUUUUGUUUGUGGCAUAGAAAUGAAUUUUUUCAUUGAUAUAUCAAUAAUGACUGCUUCUCUUACUAAUUGGAUUGUGGCUGCUGUAAGACGCAAUAUUCAAGAACUUUAUCUCGAUAUCUCUGGUGUGGAAAUAUCCAGGUUUCCUCAAUGCUUUUUUACUUGCACUUCAUUGAUCAAGUUGGAGUUGAAACUGGGUGGUAAUUCAAGUAUUAUCGUUCUACCGAGUUCUAUAGAUUUUCCUAGACUUACUUUUAUGAAACUUGAUUCGCUUCCAUCUACUGAUGUUAACUUGACUAAUAGGCUCUUCUCAAAAUGUCAUGUUCUAGAAUGUUUGAUUAUUAAAGGUCGUCUUGGUCAUAUGGAUCUUCAAAUUUCUUCUUUAACACUUAAACACUUGACAAUAUUUGAUCUUGUUAGUAAAACCUCAAGUAAAGUCAAGAUAGAUGCUCCUAAUCUCGUAUCCUUCAAGUGCGAGGAUUAUAUAUCAAAAUGCUAUGUUCUAAAAAACCUUGCUUCUCUAGUUACUGCUGAUAUAUACCUGAGAGCUACGAAUGAUGAAGCUAGCAAAAAGAAAGACUAUACAAAAAAUCAUUUGUUGUUCCUGAAGGCACUUUCUAAUGCGAAAGAAAUAAGAUUAUCACACUGGUUCUUGCAUAUGGGUUUCUUAGCUGCUUCUCGCAAAAAUUCCCUUCAGUUUUCUAAUUUGGGACUCGUCAAGCUGAAAUCGUACUUGCCAAAACACAUGAUUCAAGCACUAGGAUGGUUUCUCCGCAUCUCUCCUAAUGUAGAAAGUCUUCAAUACUGAAUCGAAGGAUGUUAAGUUCGGAUAUACAGGACAAUGAUGGCUAUUUUGUUGGAGUAUCGCUGGAUCAUCUCAAGUCUGUUGAAAUUCGAGGUUUUCUAGGCCAGUUUAGUGAGCUCAAGUUUGUGGAAAUUAUGUUCAAGAAGGCCGUGGUCUUGGAGAAUAUGGUUCUUUUUAUUAGUAGUGAGAAACCCAAAGAAAUGGAUAAGCGCCUAAUUACAUUUCGUGAGAAGCUACCAACACUUCCAAGGGCGUCUUCAAAAAUCACAACCUUUUUGAUUUAAUCAUUAGUAGGUAAUGACUUGAUUUUCUGGUUGAUAUUUAACAAUUCAUCUUAAGGAAGUUCAUUUUGAUUCAGAUCUUUAGACACUUUUUCUAUCUUUUAUAUACAUCAAGGCUCAACCAUGGGAAUUAUUUCAGACCGAACACUUUUUACGUGUGUACUCUACAUGGAAUGGUUUAUUUUAUAACUUGAAUUCAGUGUUU